AAAGUGCGUGCUUUAUCAGUUUGUUUUGUACUUUGGUCUUACGGUUUACAGUACAUCCCUACCCUAAUCACUAGAAAGGAAAGUGGGUAGUUGUUUUUAGUGUGUCCAUUAACAAAUAUGUUUGUAAUUUUUCUCUAUCAGAGUGGAAUGUGAAAUAUACUGUCACCACUUUAACAAUAUAUUAAGGAUGUCAUUGUUCAAGGCCAGCCUAGGGGUGGGCUUCCACUGGUCCUGCAGAGCUCUACAGAAGCCAAAGAUAAAAUUAACUAAGGAUGUCUACCCGGUCAAGAGAGGCAACUUCGCAGUGCUAAACGACUCUCAUGUUCAACAGUUUGAGAGCAUCCUGGGCAAGGAACGAGUGCUCACAGACCCUGACGAAUUGGAUAGCUACAAUGUGGACUGGAUUAAAAUGGUUCGAGGCUACAGCAGUGUGGUGUUGAAGCCUAAGACAACAGAAGAAGUAUCUGCCAUACUCAAGGUCUGCAAUCAGCAUAAAUUGGCCGUGUGUCCUCAAGGAGGCAACACAGGGCUGGUGGGAGGCAGUGUUCCCGUCUUCGAUGAGGUCAUCCUCUCCACAUCUCUGAUGAAUCAAAUCAUCAAGAUAAAUGAUAUUCCUGGCAGUAUAGUGUGUCAGGCAGGCUGUGUUCUGGAGGCCUUGGACACUGCCUUGGCAGAGCAUGGCCUGAUGAUGCCUCUGGACCUUGGAGCCAAGGGAAGUUGUCACAUAGGUGGAAAUAUCGCUACCAAUGCAGGAGGUCUGAGGCUUCUACGUUACGGAAGCCUCCAAGCUAACACGUUGGGCCUUGUGGCAGUGAAGGCUGAUGGAGAGGUGCUGGACUGUAUGAACACCCUCAAGAAGGACAACACAGGAUACCAUCUGAAGCACCUGUUUAUUGGCUCUGAAGGAACCUUAGGGAUCGUCACUGAAGUUGCAAUCCAGUGUCCGCCAAAACCUCAGUCCGUGAGCUUGGCAUUAUUAGGGGUGGUGGAUUUUGAACAUGCUCUGCGCACAUUUCGGCUGGCGCGCACUAUGUUGUCUGAAAUUCUCUCAUCAUGCGAGCUUAUGGACGAUAAUUGCGUUGGUCCUGUGGUCGAUACACUGGGGGUACGCAAUCCACUGGCCAACCACCCGUUCUACGUACUUAUCGAAGUUUCAGGCUCUAACGCCUCUCACGAUGAGGAGAAACUCAAUGCUUUCCUGGAGAGUGCGAUGGGUGAGGGCAUUGUUUCUGACGGAACGUACACUAAUGAGCCGUCCAGAAUGCAGAACAUUUGGCAGCUGCGGGAGCGUAUCGCCGAGGCAUUGCUAAGGAAUGGCUUUGUCUACAAGUAUGAUGUCUCCUUGCCUCACGAUGAUUUCUACCGGCUCAUUCCUGUGCUGCAGGAGAGGCUCAAAGGCUCCGAGGCUCAGAUCGUCUCCGGCUAUGGUCAUUUGGGAGACGGCAACCUCCACCUGAACAUCUGCAGUCCGCAGUUCUCGUCGGAGUUGCUCGCUCAGAUCGAGCCCUUUGUCUUCGAGUGGAUCAGCAAGCGAGGGGGCAGCAUCAGUGCAGAACACGGCAUCGGCUUCAAGAAGACCAAGUUCCUGAAGUUCUCGAAGAGUGACGCUGCAAUCCGCACCAUGCUCCAGCUCAAACACCUGUUUGAUCCUCAGGGCAUCCUGAACCCCUACAAGGUCCUGCCACUCGAGUGAAGCGUGGUACGAGUUUUUCGUUGUUCUUGCCAUCAGUGUUCUAAAUUAACAUUAAAACUAUCGAUGAAUAGGAUGUAGUUACAGAGAGGUAAAUAGGGGAAGGCAAUAAUGUUUAAAUAACAAUGAAUAUGUAUAGUGUAUAUAAUAUUAUUUUAAAACUCCCUUUUAACUAGGUGUAUGCAAAAGAUAUAUUUCUAAAGCCAUCUCAUAUUUUUUAUAAAAAUGUAUUAGUGUACCUAUUUGAAUAAAAAUAAAUUCAAAUUAAAAAUACAAUAUUCUUGAUACAAAAACUGCAUGGCAUUUUUAAAUAAUAGGACUAGGUUUUAAAACAUGAACAGAACUUUAUAAACAAUGUAUUUCAAAUGUAUAUGAAUUCACUUGUUACUGCAUAUCUUUAGUACUUAAUACAGUUAAACAUAAAUAUACUACAAUUUUGUGAGAAAAUAUAUUUUUAGUAAAUAAAAUCAAUUUUUAAAUACAUACGUAAGGUACAUGGUAUUUAAAUUGUUUUGAAAUUUGAAAUUAAGGAAAAAAUCACUCUGAAUAACCACUAAUUAGACAAACUUGGAUAAUUCAAACAUUUUUUAUUUAAAUGUUUAUACUUAUCUCUUGAAAUUUUAUACAAUUGUAAUGAAAUCUGCAUAAUUAGAUAUCUUGGACAGUUUAAUUAUUUUAUUAGUCCCUUGAACAUAAAAUUAAUCAAGUUUCACUAUACCAUUAAAGUAAUAAGGUUUCAUGUCAAACAAACAAUUGAUAAGCACUGGAAAUGUUAAAUUACAAAUUUACCUAUUUACAAAUUAAAACGAGAAUCUGAGUAUUAACUGACGAUUCAUUGGUUGAUAAAAUUAUCAACUAAGUAAAAUGCUUCUUAUCAAAAUAGUUUCAGUUUUAAUUUUAAUUUGGAUGGAACAAUUUUGGAGUUUAUUUAUAUCGUGAAGAUUUAUAGAAAUAUUGAGAUUCAUCACUAUCACUAAGUCAGUCCUAUCUUUACCGUCUCAUCUUAAAAAAAAAGAUAAUGAAAAACUUUAGAAUCAGAAUAUUGUAUGUACAAAUAUUACAUGGAACCUCUUAAAAUUAGCAUGUCUUUUUUGAGUGUUGAAAUUAUCGUUCAAAGUAUCAAAUCUUUUUUUAACUUUUAUUUAGUAUAAAUCGUAUUAAAUUUAAUUAGUUGUAGAAAUAUAAUAUCUUUUAGCGAAGUUUUCUCUGGAAAAAACAUUUUCAUUCAAUGUCUGUUAAAAUUUAAUUUGUUUGAUUUUCAUGUUGCUGAUCACCACAAUUAAAAUUUUCUUUUUAAUUUAUUUAAAACUGUAACUAAACAUCCAUCAUUUGGUCUUCAUUUUAACCUUGUAUUAAUCUGAAUUAUUAGGUAAUUGUAUUAAGGUAUUGUAACAAUAGCCAAAUAUACUGUGUUUGAAGUUUGUUAUUGACAACGGUUUAUUUCAAAGAAUAAUAGGAUUUUGAACAUUUGCCAUCAUUUUUUUUUAAUUUGGUAUAUUUUUUAUCAAAUGUAAAUUAAAUUAACCUGGUAGUCUUAGAUGUACAGAAUGAAAUGUAUUUUUAAAUGCAACAUGUACAAUGUAUUAUUCUCAAUGGAUUUGAAUUGAAUAUAACUUAUUAUGUCACAAUACUCAAAGUGCACAUUGUUCACCAUUAAAAAUUUACUAUGGGACACAAUGUCCAAAUAACACUGAAAAUUCCUUGUUUUUAUCUCAAUAAAACUAUGCAACAAAUUAGCAUUCAAUAACAAUAAGAUACAUCUUAUUCCAUAUGUUGUCUUAAAUAGCACAGUAAUAUCAAAAUUUUCUCAGGUGUGUAAGGAAACUAUGUGAUUAGUAUCUGAGACAAAUUUAGAUGAAAUCCUUAUAAGUUUUCUUUAUCAUUAUUAUUCUCUUCCUUUACUUUUGUCACACUACGUUCUUGUAAAACAUUUUGCAUUGAACACACUUCUGUUUUUUAUAUUCUAUAAUAACAUCUAUAGCUGGUGGGGAGAAUCCAUCUUCUACAUUUUCAUUACCUGAAAAAGAAAACACAACUAUGUUCAAAACAAGAUUUGGCAAAACUAAUCAAAAUCCAUAUGCGUAUUACAUAUGUAAUAUAUUUUUUAUGUUCUGAAUAAAACAUACACAGUGUCUCAAAAACAAAAUAGAUUCUAUGGGAUUGUUACCUUUGUUUGUGAUGUUCUAUAUGGUUUCCACUGUUGACAAAAAGAUAGUCUAUUUCCAAACAUAUAACAAGGGCAAAAGUUAGACUUCCUAUUAUCCAGCCAAAUAAAGGCGUAAAAAUAAAUGAAAAUACAACUACUUUACAAUUCAUUUUAGCAGCUAGUGACUUUUACAUAUAUUUUUUCUCUUUUUAUGUGGUGAAAAGUAUGUAUUUUAAUGUGUUGGACAUUUGCAAGCAAAAAGAGGUUCUGGCUAUAUUUUAAAAAUAUUUUGUCCUCAUUACAAAUAAUAAAAUCGGAGGCUUUAAUCCUCUAGAAAUAUGAAUAGUAUAUUUCAUAUGUUUACAGAUCUUGAUAGUAGUGCUUUGGCCUGUACAGGAACACAUUGUCAUGAAGGUUUUAAAAUCUCACUAAUAUAGAGUACUCAGGCUUGAAUCUGUUCACAUGUUUUAUAAGUAUAAAUACAUUACAUGGACUGAAAUUCCACUAGUCGAUUAAUAGUUUGAUCUGUGAUAUAGAGUUCUAGGGUGUAAGUUACACUAGUACAUGCUCAUAAGUUACACUUACAUAGUGUACGCUCAUGAGCUACACUAUCCAUGUAUAUCCUCUUGAGCUACACUAUCCAUAGUAUAUCCUCAUGAGCUACACUAUCCAUAGUAUAUCCUCAUGAGCUACACUAUACAUAGUGUAUGAUCAUGAUUUACAUUAUCCAUAGACUAUCCUCAUGAUUUACAUUAUCCAUAGACUAUCCUCAUGAGCUACACAUCCAUAUUAUAUCCUCAUGAGCUACACUAUCCAUAUUAUAUCCUCAUGAGCUACACUAUCCAUAGUAUAUCCUCAUGAGCUACACUAUCCAUAGUAUAUCCUCAUGAGCUACACUAUCCAUAGUAUAUCCUCAUGAGCUACACUAUCCAUAGUAUAUGCUCAUGAGCUACAAUAUCCAUAUUAUAUCCUCAUGAGCUACAAUAUCCAUAUUAUAUCCUCAUGAGCUACACUAUCCAUAGUAUAUGCUCAUGAGCUACACUAUCCAUAGUGUAUCCUCAUGAGCUACACUAUCCAUAGUAUAUGCUCAUGAGUUACAUUAUCCAUUGUAUAUCCUCAUGAUCUACAAUAUCCAUAGUGUAUGCUCAUGAGUUACAUUAUCCAUUGUAUAUCCCCAUGAUCUACAAUAUCCAUAGUAUAUCCUCAUGAGCUACACUAUCCAUAGUGUAUGCUCAUGACCUACACUCAUAGUAUAUGCUCAUGAUUUGUUUGUAAAGAACUUGGAUAAUUUGAACGCUUUUACUUAAAAUUCAUGGAGAAUUCAAUCUUUUCUUCUGGUUUUUUGUCAUUUGUGUAAUAUAAAAAUAGGGUGCUUAAUAUUAAUUAUGUUUUUGAUUAUUUGAAAUGUUUAUUCAUUAUACAUUUCCGAGUAGAAUUCCUAAAAGUAGACUAUGUAAUUUAGAAAGUGUUUUCUUGUAUUUGAUUUACCAUAGCUGAGCAAAUGGCUUCUCAGAGUGUUGUUGUACUGAUUGAGUAAAAUGAGUCGUACAAUAUUUACAAAAAUAAAGCCUCCUCGCCAUACCUUUGUUUAGCCAUCACUGUAGUGACGCAUCUGUCAAAGUGAAAGUGUACGAUCUGCUCAUAAUUAUUUCCUUAUUGCAUAAGUUUUUGUACAAUCUUUGUAGAUAGCUUCUGAAUGCCUUUCCAGAUUUAGUGAAAUAAAAAUACCACUACAUUCAUUCUAAUCAUAACAAAUUUCAGAAUCGUUUUUACUGCCUCGAAACUUACAAAUUGGCACAGCCACAUUUCCCCCCGAACUAACUAAAAUACAAUACAAGUAUUAUUACAGAGAGCAACAGUGUAACAGUGAUCUCCUUAUACCGAAAAAACUGCAACGGUUUAGAAUAUUGCCGCUGGAGUUCAACACUUGUCAAAAGAGAACGGUAAAGCAGUGCAAGUCGAUCUGGUUCUGCAGUGGCAGUGAGUUGUCCAAGUCGAUUCAAGUUUGGCGUGCACGAGAGGGUUAAGUAAAAGUUGUGGAGCAUUUUUUAUUGCAUUUUCCAAAUUUAAAAAUUUUCAAAUUUUAAGAAUACAAAAAAACCAAAACUCAAAAUUUCUAAAUAGAGAUCUACAAUAAAUUGUAUACCAAAUAAAAGGUCUUUUUAAAAGAAACAUUUUUGUUGUGUUUAAACCUUUUUCUAACUCUUACCGUUUAUAAAUGGCAGUUUCCAAAUUUGAUAUUUUAAAAUUCUCCAAAAGCACCCCUAUCCCCCAAAUUGGGACAUUUUACAAUGUUGAAAAUAGUUUAAUUGGAUUCUGUUUAAUUAGAACAAAAUGAGAAAGAAAAAAGGUUAAAGUAAUUUAUUCUGAUAGCUAUAAAUACUGCAUGGGUGGUCUGCCUCACUCUGAAGUCAAAAUUACAUUUUCAUUCCUUUUGAAUACACUUGUGUAAUUGUAAUUUGUGUUCAAUUCUAAUAUUUUCAUCCCUUGCUAUUCAAAUUAUCCAAGUUCCACCGUCUAAAAAUAUGUAUAUACUGUAAGAAGCCAAUUUUUAAAAAUAAUGCUGUGUCUUAUUUUAUUGUUACCAUCACUGAGAGUUGGUCUGUAAAAACAAUUGUUUGAAUAAAGAUGUUAUUAUUUUUCAUUAAAA